AUAUGGUGUUCAUCAAAACUCUUAACGUAAUCCUCAAGCUGUGCAUUUUUUCCAUUAGAACAGUAACUUGCUCUUUACAUGUGUUGGGAGUUUGUGGCUUAUGUGAGAGAGAUGGCCCAUAAAAAAAGAAAAGUAAUUUGUCAAAAAAAGAUGUAAAUGUUAAUAAUUGAUGGCUUUAUGGGCUUUUUAACAAUUACUGAUAAGCCCAUGUUAUUUCCUAAUCUGUAAGCCCAUAUAUCUGAGAUUUCGAUUGAAGUAGAAACGAACGGUUGAAAUUUUGCCACGUCACAGUAAACAUUAUCAGAAACCAUAAGUCCUUUACCAGUUAGUCAGAUUUUACGGUACUGAGUCGCCAUGGAACUGGUGUCUCUUCCGAUCCACCACCGUACGGCGCCGCCGAAUUUUCCACCACUCGAAACUGGAAAUCCAGUAGCUAACCGGAUUGGACAAGCUCUACGAUUCAGCAAUGUUAGAAUGAGAAAGCCCGCGUAUUUAGGAACGAUCUUAUCUGAGAAAUCAAGAGCAAGAACAUUAACGACGGCGGAAGCAGUUUCCGGAAGUGGAGUUUCGCUUCCGCCGCUGGAUUUGACUGAGGAUAAUAUCCAUUUGGUACUAUCCGAAGCUCGUAUCGAGCUAGCACAACUCUUCGACUCAUCGGUUGGGAUAACAGGACAAGUAGAGUUAGUGGAACUAGACGGACCAUUCGUUACGAUAAGUUUAAGAGGCAAGUUUUGGCAUACGCGUGCAAUGGUUCUAGCUCGACUUGGGAACUACUUAAAACAGAGGAUCCCUGAGAUUUUGGAGGUUAAUAUUGAAGAUGAAAAGCAACUCGAUGAUAGUCCUGCAAAUUUCUAAAUCUUCCAUUUUGUUCAUUUGGAAAAUAUUUAUUGAUCUUUCUUGCUGCUUAAUGUGACUUUGAAGUUUGAUGAUGCUUAUGAGUUGUUAAAACUCUGUUGAGUAUCUAAAAUCGAUGCUUUGUAGCAAAGUAUACAUCGUUUCUAAAAGCCCAAAAGAGACUAUCAAUUUUUUUUUUUAAUAACUAAUAAUAUAUGUGCGAGUAAAACCCUAAUUUGAUUAGGUUUAGCGUUUUUGAUCAUUUGGUGAUUCAAAAGGAUUU